AUGUACGGGUUUACGAGAACGAAGAGCGUGACCGACCCGUUGGAUGAUAAAGCGAAGGCUCGAAUCAUCCGAUACGAACCUGGCUACGUCAGCAGCGGCAGCGAACACAGCGCCCAGGCCGACGAUGACGUUACCUCGCUCACCCUCUCCGAGCUUUUCUAUGGUUUCAGCGAGCCGAAGAAAGACUCAGACACUGACCGGGAUCCGCCGCCAAUGCACGAUCCGAGCUUCGUCAAUGCAGAUUUUACGGGUACGUUAGUAGUAGACCUGGCGGACGACGACGAGUUCAGAAUCGCGCUCGAGGCACACGUAUUAAGAGCUCUCGAGGUGCUGCCGGAGGUCUUUGUCGGCAGGAGCGAGGAUCUGAGACGGAUCCUGAAGGCGAUGAGCGGGGCCGCCAGGCGGUCGCUCAAGAGCGACGGCCUCCACCUCCCGCCGUGGAGGAAGUAUCAGUACAUGCGGCUCAAAUGGCUUGGCCCUUACCGCCGGACAACAAACUUGUUGCCGACGUCAUUUCGUGCGGGGGCCAGGAGUUUUGACGCAGUUCAUUGCCGCACCGUUGGAUUUGAUGCUGCUGCCAACGGUGGUUGUGCGGUUGCUUCCCGUGCGAAAUGA